AGCUGUCUGGAGAGCCGGCGGCGAGCCCACCAAGUUCCAUGUGGACGGUGUGAUCACUUGACAACAUCACUACGAGUCUAGAUGGUGUCUGGCGAUUGUUCUAAAGGAGAUGGACACUUUCAGAGACGACACAAUAGAUCAUUUCGGAACUAAAUGUACAAGACUGAAAGAGCUCAAAUAUGUGCUGAACGGAUUUCAGUCCAAUGACGGGCUAAAAGAUAACUUCUACGAAGUGGAGCUGUGGAUCUACCACAAUUGCUCAAGAUACGGGAACAUUCAUCUUCAACGUCACAACCUGAGUUUUGUACCGGUAACUCAAAAGUAUGAACUUUCCGCUCCACUAUUUCUAUCCACUUUUGAGUUUUUCAAUUCACAUUACGAGGUAGAAACUACAAUGCCAUCACAAUAUAUACACGUUUAGUUAACGGAUUUUUUCAAGAAUAAAGUUUUAAUUAGUUUUUA